CCUUCCGUAUCCAUUUGUUUCGGAAGUGAAUUUGUUUCAUAUUUAUUGAAAUAUUUAUAUAAGAACUGCCGGAGUAUUUAACAUUUUGCCAGAGGAAUUUGUUUUAUAAAAUGGAAACUUCAACAGCUCCCGAGACUUCAGAAUCCCAGGACGGAUCUCUUGGACCUUCUCCAUCACUUGAAAAUCCUUCAAUAACAACUGAGGAAAAAAAGAUAUGUUGUCCGUGUGAAAAUGAUUCUGUAAACGAUAUAAGAGAAGAAAUAUUGGAAAAAUUAAAAAAAAUUGAAGAUUUAGAAAAAAAAGUUCGUGAAGUACAAGAAGAGAAAAAAAAAUAUAUUCUCUUAUUGAAUUUCCUUCUCUUGAUGAUGUUACGCCAGCCAUAUUGGAACUAGGGCAGGAAAAUGAAGAUUUAAAAAAAAUAAUAAUAAUUUGUGAAUUAGAAGAACAGUAAUAACUUUUUCUUAAUUUAUUUACAUAUUUAAGAAUAAUUUUACAGGUUGUUUAUCAAGCUAACAUUUGGGUCUUUAUUUUCUAUAUAAUAAAGCACCAAGUGUAUUUACAAUGUUUUUCUUUUUUUUUAAGUUUAACAAAAUGAUACUUGAAAAUAGCAAUGUGAAAAAAAUUAUACUUAAGAAAUUUAUUAAAUGUUUAGAAUUUUGUGGGAAUUAUUUUAAAUAUAUGUCGAUGAUUAAAUGUAGAAAUUAUAGGAAUGAUUUUUCUUUUUUUAAUUAUACAAUGGUUUUACUUUGAAAUCUGUUUUAAGUCAUCUUAUUAAAUUUUAAUACAUUUUGAUUCUUUUAAACAUAAUUAUAAUUAUUAUAAACAAUCUUAUUAUAAUCAUCAUAAACACAAUCAUAUUAUAUUCUUUAUUUCGGUAAUGUGUUGCAUGUUUUAGCAAUUUUUAAUAGCCUGCUUCUCAGUGAAUGUGAAUCAUGCAUCUUAAUGAGAAUCCACUUCGUGUCAUGACUUUAUAUUCUUAGUUGGAAAGUGAAUAAAUAUUAUUUUGCUUAAAUGAAUUGUUUUCAGGUGUAAUUUACAAUAAUUUGAAUACAAAGUUUAUAGAAAUAUGUUUCAAAUUUUUAUAAUUUAUUUAAUUGUAAAAAAUAAUUCCUAUAAUAGGGAAGAAAAAAAAAAACCUUUUAAGAUGAAUUAAAAUGCAUAUGAAAAUAAUAUUCCCUUGAUUUGCUUUUAAUGCUUUUUUUCAUUUUUCAUUUUUAAAAAAUAAUUUUUUUGGGGGUAUAUGAAAAUUCAAUUGAAAAUUAUAUUUUUAAAUUACGAGUGUAGUGAAAUAAAGAUAUAACUUAUAUAAUGAUGGGAAGAUUAGGUGAAUGGUAGGUUAUAAAAAGGAAUUUCUCAGUGGAUUAUUUCUGCAUUGUUAUAAUAAAUAACUUCUUUAUAGCUGUUCUGAGCAAAAAAUUUUGAGGGAAGUCUAUGAAGAUUUUGGCUUGAAAGAUAAAGAUUAAAAUUCUCUUUACAUCACACUAAAAAAUUAAGUUAUAAACUUAUUAGUUAUUAUUUAGUAGCUAUUCUAAAGCAAUUUUAUUUAUGUAAAAAUUGCAAGAACUUUCUAAAAUUACAAUAUUUAACAUUCUAAAGUUAUCUUUUUAGAAAUGUUUAUUUUUAUUAUUAUUUUACAAACAUUAGUGUUUGUAGUUAUUCUAUUAAUUUGCAAUAUCAUAUACAUCUGCAUAAUUUUAUUUGAGACAAAUUCUGUUUGCUGGACAAUUUAUAAUGUUAAUUUACUUUAAACAUCUUAAAAUGGUUUGAAAUGGUUAAAGCUUUAUACUCAUCAAUAAUAUAGUGUUUACUGCUUUUUAAUUUACCAGUUAGAGCAAUUAUUCUUUUAAUUUGGUACUAAUAUGAGAGCUAAGUCAUUUAUUAUUUGUUCCUAAAUUCAUAUCUUGUGAUACUUUUGCAAUUGUAAUAUAUGAAUUGUCAUUGUAAAUAGACAUCAUGUGUAUGCAUGUUUAUCUGUUAUAUACAUAUGCAUAUUUCUGAAAUAUGAUGAGUUUUUUUUUUUUUUUUCAAUUAAUAAUGUAGUUGUUCACAGCAGAUGAA